AUGGCCAAAAACAGAGUGGCACCACUUACUAGUAAAUCACUCACACUUCCACAGUUAAAACUGACGGCAGCAUUGAUCGCUGCAAGAAUGCGAAAUCACCUGCAAAACUCAUUACGAGAAAUGAAUAUUGUCUACUGGCCAGACAGCCAAAUCGUCUUGCACUGGUUGUCUAACAAGAAACUGUUGAAAAUGUUCGUGUCAAACAGAAUAUUUGAAAUUUGCGAAUUAUGUAGCGCAUUCACAUGGAAAAACUUUCCCACACACGACAACCCUGCUGAUCUACAGAUUCGAGAACUAGACGCAUCUUCAUUCACGAUCAAUGCCUUGUGGAAAUUCGGAUCAUCAUGGGUUUGCAACAGAGAAGCAUGGUCAUGUUGGAAACCUCAUCAGAUGUCAGUCAGAUCAGAUGAAAGGUACGGCCUUUCCCUAUGGAUGCAAUGA